AAAAAAAAUUGGAUGGAUACGAAAAAAGUCCACGAAACAGAACACGCUCACGACGUGCAAAUCAAAAUUUGGGAUUGCGCGUUGGCAAUCAUCCCACUAGCCGUGGUGAAAUGCGCCAUCGAGCUCCGAAUCGCUGACGUCAUUGAAACCCACGGUGGGUCAAUGACGAACGCCGCGCUUUCCGAGGCCCUCGGCUGCUGCCCCUUCAUCCUCCACCGCAUAAUGCGGUACCUAAUGCACCUCGGUUUUUUCAAAAAGACGAAAAUGCCCCUGGAGCUGUCCUGUUCUUAUGUCCACACCCCCCUGUCUCGGGCCCUGUUGAGGAAUACAGAGGACAGCAUGGCGCCUCUCAUCUUGCUCGAGAGCAGCCCGGUUAUGCUCGGCCCGUGGCAUAAUAUCGGGCCUUCGGUCUUGAUAAACGGGCCCUCGGCCUUUAAGGUUGCCAACGGGGAGGAUUUGUGGGAAUACGCGUCGGCGAAUCCCGUUCAUAGCAAGUUGAUUAACGAUGCGAUGGCGUGUCGGGCGAGGGUUGACGUGUCGUCAAUCGUCCGUUGUUAUCCGGAGGUGUUUCGGGGAAUCGGGUCGUUGGUUGAUGUCGGGGGUGGCGACGGGACGACCCUCCGGACGUUGGUCAAGGCGUGCCCGUGGGUCCGUGGGAUCAACUUUGACCUCCCGCACGUCGUGUCCGCAGCGCUGUCUGUCGAGGGAGUCGAGCACGUUGCGGGUAAUAUGUUCGAAAGCGUUCCGAAGGCCGACUCAGUUUUUCUCAUGUCGGUGUUGCAUGAUUGGAGCGACGAAGAUUGCAUCCUCAUAAUGAGAAAAUGUCGAGAAGCGAUUCCAAAGGAGACAGGUAAAGUCAUCAUAGCCGAAGCAGUUAUAGUCGAAGGUGAAGAAGAUAAGUACACCAAUAUACGACUUGGUCUUGACUUAGUGAUGUUGGCUCACACGGGUAAAGGGAAAGAGAGGACCGUCGAGGAGUGGGAAUAUGUGGUGAGUGAGGCUGGGUUCGCCAACUGCACCGUGAAGCACAUUGAUGCGCCUAUAUCGCUGAUCGAGGCUUAUCCAUGAGUCAACUUGUUCAUUCUCGUCGGUUGUCGUGUUUAAUGUUUGUGCUCUUUUUAUAUUUUUCCUCGUGUUUGAAUGGUUUUAUGCUCGUUUGUGUUUGAUUCUGCGAACAUAAUUACGGAUUUUGAAUAAACCUAAGUUGUACAAGAUGUGUUUGAUUGACGAUUGUAAUGUAUUUCAUGGGUUGUGAAGCUCUGAUUGUACAAGAUUUGUUGUCAAGUGGUUUUCUCUGAAGUUUUGGUUGUGGGACAUUAUUGUAUAAAUAUUUUUUGAAGAACCGAGUUGAAUAAUAUCGAUUUUGGUAUA